UCAGGAAGUACUUGACUUUCUGUGGAAUCGGAAUCCAAAAUGCUCAGUUGUUCGAGAUGUCUGUUCAAGAGUACAAGAGAAACCAACUUCUGUUAACUUUAGCCAAAUCAAUUUUUGAGGAAACGUCGUCCUUAGACGGAUUAAUCAACAAAAUCAUGGUCAAGACGCAGGGGCUGUUGACUUGUGAAAAAUGCCGAGUAUACCUUAUAGAUGUAGAACAGAGUUCAAGGGUAAUGUAUCAAACUCAGUUUUCAACAGAAAAGGUUCCUUCAGUUAUGAAACCCAGAAAAUUUUCCAAACCAGAAGACGUUGUGUUCACGAAAAUCUUUGAACUAUGGCAUGGUGAAGAGGAGAUCCGGACGCCUGGUCUCUCGCAACUCUCGGGUGAUGAAGCUACUCACGUCUGCUUUGCUCGUCACGUGGCAGCUACGGGUCAAACCUUCAACUGGACGGGAAAUGAGACAGAUUUUAAUGUUAUCAACAAUGUUCAUUACUCCUGCUGCGUUGAUAAUGCUUUUUCUAUAUUUUGUGGUCUGGGAAUUCACAACACCCAAGUUUAUGAAAGCGCCAUGAAGUUAAUGGCCAAACAACGUGUAGCUCUAGAAGUUUUAUCUUAUCAUGCUUCGUCAUCAGUGGAGGAAACCAGCAGACUAACGAACUUACCCAUCCCUUCAGCAGAGAGGUUCCAACUCUACAACUUCAGUUUUAGUGACUUUUCGCUUUCAAAUGAACAAACCUACCAAGUCACGCUAAGGAUGUUUAAAGAACUGGACUUAAUUUCCAAGUUUCACAUACCUUACCAGGUUCUUUGUCGGUGGGUUUUAAGUGUCAGCAAAAACUACCGGCCUGUCAUCUAUCACAACUGGAGACAUGCUUUAAACGUGUCACAAACCAUGUUCGCCAUGAUCACGACAGGUAAGAUGGGCUCUUUGAUGACGGACUUAGAAAUCCUUGCCUUGCUAGUAGCUUGCCUUUGCCAUGAUUUAGACCACAGGGGGACCAACAACUCAUUCCAAACCAAAACAGAUUCUCCUCUCGCCAUAUUGUACAGUACUUCCACCAUGGAGCAUCACCAUUUUGACCAGAGUAUUAUGAUACUAAACAGUGAGGGUAAUAACAUUUUUCAGUCUUUGUCUCCAGAAGAGUACAAAAUAGCAGUAAGUGUGAUCGAAUCGGCCAUCUUAUCAACAGAUCUUGCAUUGUAUUUCAAGAAAAAGUAUGGGUUCUUAGAGCUCGUUGAAAGUGGAGAAAAGGACUGGUCCGAACCCGUUAAGAAAGAUUUAUUGAGGGGAAUGAUGAUGACAGCAUGCGAUGUUAGCGCCAUCUGUAAACCAUGGGAAGUUCAAAAAAAAGUUGCAGAAUUAGUUGCCAGUGAAUUCUUUGAACAAGGAGAUUUAGAAAAAGAACAUUUGAAAGAACGUCCUAGUGCAAUGAUGGACAGGGAGAAGAAAGACGAACUGCCACAGAUGCAAGUAGGAUUUAUUGACAGUAUAUGCAUGCCUGUGUACAAGGGUUUAACCGAACUACAACCAGCUCUCAGCUCUCUUUUGACAGGUUGUGAAAGUAAUCGCCAGAACUGGCUAUCCUUGGCUGAGGAUUACGAAAGGCGCAAAAGUUCUACAUCAGAAGAGACGAGAAAUGGAAGUCUGAAAAUUGAAGAACAAUUUAAUGAAUUUGAAGCAGACAGCUGCCUAAAGGAAAACUGUGUCAGUGACUGUUGUUUCAUGGAAAAUAGGAAAAAUGAAGAUAAGUCGAGAAGAAACUCCAGCGGCUCGAGUGAGUCAGGAGGCUGUAUUAAACAUUUUGAUGGGAGCCAGUUCUGCUGUUUGCUGUGAUGUCCAGGUUGAAUUGUUGACUGGCGAAUCUUGACAACAACUGACGGUUCAUAGUAAAGAAAGGGAAAUAUUUAAGUUUAUUUAUGACAUAACUUAUGUUUCUAGGAAACAAUGUGUGAAGGUAAUUAUUAAUAAACAAAAGAAUAUUGAUUCCAUCACUAUUUGUGACAUCAUAAUUGAGCGGAUUUUAACGACGUAGAAAUGUUGAUGGUAGUAGUCAACAUUAGGUGUAGAUUCACUCAAACUAAUUAUUUUAUUUUUCAACAAACACGUGAUGUAUUGGUAUAGUAUGAAAAAUAUAUCAUAAAAAUGCCACUUCUUGUCUAUGGUAUCGACUUGCAUGUUCAUCAAGUAUGGCUGGGAUGACUUGAGUGAACGAUGGCGACUAUCAUCAUGUGAUGUAUUCGUGAUAAAAAUGUUUUAUUUUUCUCUCUUUAUUUGGGUAUUUGAAAGUUUGGGUUUUGCCAACGAAAAUGCGAAGUUUAUAAACAAUUCAUUGGGAUUUCAUCGUAUUGUUGUAUGUCUGUAUUAUCAUUUGUUGUAGGUUUACGAACAUUAAUAAGAGCUUAAUAGGUGCUUUUUGAAUAAGUUUAAAACUUGUUUAUAGUAGUUGGCUAUAGUUUAAUAGAAUGUUAAUGUUUGAGGAGGACUAAAGACAAGCUUACUUUACAAGGUAUUUUGUGGUAAGCAGAAUUGUUUGUGUUGGCGUUUCAUAUUGUGCUACAGUGGUACAUAAAUUUAUGUAAAUAAUACAACUUGAAGUGUAUCUAUUUGUCUUUAAGUGUGGUCGUAAAGUAAAAGAACAUUGAAGGCAUAUCUAAGAUUGUUUGAAAGCGUAACGAGCAAAUCAUGAAAACAUAUGAAACUGCACAAAUUUCUGGACUUCUGGCUCCAUUUCUAGGACACGUGCAGAAGACCUGAGUUAGGAAACAUUAUUGGAGAACUUUUGAGAUGUGCCCUUGUCGUUUAAUUUAGCUUCCGAUUACAUUAACUAUUAGAUGUUUCUCAUGUGACAAUUUAUUCGUGGAUGUAAGGGGUGAAUGCUGAAUUUAAACACGUAGUUAAGUCACCUAUGUGACCCAUCUGUACCUUGAUGUUUAUGCUCAGAAUAACACGUUAAUGUUAAGGACAUAUUUAAUACCAAUUACUUUUUACCAUAAAAAAUAUAUAAAAAAUGUUAUUUCCAAUAUAUAUAUAUAUAUUUUUUACUCCUCCUUAAAAAUAAAUAUGUAGCAAAAGCAAAUUUGCAAGUGACUUAUCUCUUGCUUCGCUGUUAUCCUAGAUAUAUUCACACCGUGAGUUUAACGUGUAUAUAUAUAUAUAUAACUAAAAGGGUUAUGUUUUCACUGUGUAAUCACGCUGAUCCAGUCUUCGUGCAAGUGACUUAUCUCUUGCUUCGCUGUUAUCCUAGAUAUAUUCACACCGUGAGUUUAACGUGUAUAUAUAUAACUAAAAGGGUUAUGUUUUCACUGUGUAAUCACGCUGAUCCAGUCUUCGUGCAAGUGACAUAACUACAUUAAUAUUUUUAUUAAAUGUAUUAAAAAUGACCUCAUACCUGUUUUUAUACUCUUAUGUUUUUUCUAAUAUUCCACAUAAUUUCCAUCAAAUAAAUAUAUCGUUUUUCAGUAUUACGUUAGGCUUGAUAUAUCGUUCUUAAACGCAAUGGGUAACAACAUAUGGUUACAGAAAAUAAUAUAUGUUAAUCUCAGGCUGUUACAAAAGAGUACACAGGUCACAGUUCUUCAUAAUAGCUCGAAAUAAGAUGUACACUAAUAAUAAUAAUACUAUCUUUUUAAAAUCACAGGUCGGUUAAUAUAUGUGUAUGAUGAAUACGUGUAAUUGUUUGUCCCUUAAGUGUCUGCGGUCUGUGGAGCAGUUUGUUAUAAUUGUAUUGUCCAAUCUCACACUUUUUUCACCUAAAUCAGAAAAAAAGUAUUGAUUUCAAUUACCGUUGGAACGUGGCAGCGGCUCUUCUUGCUCAAUAACUUACCAAAUAACUUAAAAUAUCAUGUACAUAAAAUUACCAUUCCGUAACAUUCGCCCCCCUUACUACGUAUUUGUCUAUAGGUGUGACACAUUCUAUCAUUCGCCCCCCCCCUUACUACGUAUUUGUCUAUAGGUGUGACACAUUCUAUACUGGAACAGAAUUUUUUUGAAGUAAUUUCGGUGGAACACAGGUGUUAGAGUUCAGUACUCUUUUACAUUAAGGUAUAACUAGUGGAUCUUGCAAAAUAAAAACAUAAAAAUGUUCCUCACAGAACAUGAUGGACGUUAGAAAUUUUGUUUGGUUUUCAGUUUUUACAAGUGCGCGUGCACACACACAAACACAUAUGAAAAAAAAAUCGAACGCAAUACUUCGUGAUAAUAACUUAUAAAGUUAGGUUUGCUUUUCGUAUGCUAAUUUUGUAUUUCAAGUUCCGUAAUAAAGACGCACUCGUUCCUUCAGUAUUAUUAUCCAUAUUAAGUGGUUGUUUGUGUCAAUAACGUUUGUAAUACGUUAAUUUCAAGUUUUUUGCGUACUUUUUACAGAAAACAGUGUAUAUAUAUAGUAGAAAAAUGUGGACCACUAAAAACUGUUACACAUUAUAGAACAAAUAGUAAUCUAAUAAUUCCAAAACACUGAAAUAAUAGUAGAUUAUAAUGAAAAACUUUAUGUUCAUAGUAUUCGCAUUAUCUUUGAUACAGAAUAAUAGGGAAGUUUCAAAUUGUUAAGUUAAGUAAAUUCACAAUUGUGUUCCUUCCUCAGAUCAUUAGUUUUGGUUGGAGCGGUCUGGUAAGAAGGCCCCCCCCCCUCCCCAAACACACACACAUGCCAUCAACCCCAGCGAUCCAAAGGUUCCCUAUCGUAUACCAAAUGAUUCUAGAUGAGCAUGUUUACAAACAUAAUUUCAACAAAUAAAACAUUACGGUUUAGAUGUGCAACCCGAUUUGAAUAUGUGUCUGUUAUAAACAUAUUAAUUUUUGAAAGCACAAUUCACGUGCCACGUUGAUAAAACUGCGUACACGUGUAGACAGGAAUUCUUAUGUUUAAAACUAGGUUUUUAAAAUCCCAUCAUCAUCGGUGUCCAACACAUGAAUGUGAGUGAACUACCGAGACUUUUUUGUUGUUGUCGUUUUUAUUUCAAUUAUUUUUCUUUUCAACCAUUUACUUUUAAAUCGUAAUAAGCUAUUUCCAUUUUACGUAGUGAAAUUUUUUAUGCAUAUGUUUUUAUUAGUACAUGAAAUAUACUUUGCUGUCUUCUUGUUCCAUGUCUCGUGCACGUGCGCUAAAUACAUUGUGCAUAAUACGUAACACUACCAUUCACUCCACUUUCUGUUACUUUGUUAUUUGGAGUAUGGGUUUGCUUAUUAGCUGUUGAGCACUAUGCUAUUUAGCGUACGCUUCCGAUCUUGCGUUGGUGAAGAAACGGAAGUAAUACAUCCUGAAGUCUAGCUUAAUUUUUAAUUAAACGCGCAGUUUCUCAGUCAUCGUUAAUGAAGUUACGUCUUAGUUGCUUUAUAAUUUAUGAAAUUAUUUUAUAUCUAGCUUGUGGUAUCAUUUCCAUGUUUCAGUCUUGCUAACAAAAUUACUUUUGUGUUUUUAGCUACAAAACAUCGUAGAUAAACCGAAAACUUUCCAGACUGUAAACAUUAAUAUAGGCUCAGUAUCUGUUAAACUUAUGUUUAGAUGGCUUUUAAUUAAGGACCGUAUAAAACUUCGCUGUUAAUGUCGCUGCUGUAGCUGUAACGUUCUCAACUGUGAAAGAAAAAAAAAAGUCUGGAUGGAGUAUCGUCACAAACGUCUAUUAGUAGAGGGCGCAACAUGCAUAACUAACUUUUCUGUAUCUUUCGUGCCUGCAAUCUGAUGUAUAAAGCAUUAUGUUUACAAUGAGUCUUUAAAGAUGUUUCGUUACUGAUGCUUUGUGUUAGAAAGACCUUUCAAAUUGUUUUUCAUAUUUUAAAGAAUAAAAUCGUACUAGUUUUAAAAAGCAGUAAUAAUGAAGUGAAGUUUUUAUGUUUGACUAUUGAAGACAUUAAUUGCUAUUCUCCAAACUAUAAAAAAAAAGGCAUAACUGGUAGAAAAUGUGUUCGUUUUAUUGUUUAAAAUGUUUCUCGAUUGACUGGUUGACUACUAAUUUCAUUUUAAGUGCCCUUUAGUAUGUGCUAUAAUUCCUACAAAAUGUAUAGCUUGUUUGUAGACAUGAGCUGCCGUGUUAAUUUAUAUACACGUUUGACUUAUAUACAUUUUCUGUGUUUUGACGUCACAGAUGAGUCAUCUGUAUUUACCUCUUCAUUGUUUUCUAAUAGUACUGCUGUUGUUUUUAUUUUAUACAAAGUUUUUUUUUUAUGUUUUGCAUGUCAACCAUGCCUUUCAGCAUUUUCAUUGCCUUUUUUUUCAUUCAUCCUUAACGAGUCUAUGUUGUCGUUAUUUUGUCACAUAGUUUUGAUUGCAUACAGUGGUGUUGAAACUAUUAAGGAAUUCUGUGAUUAUCUAUCAAUAAUAUAUAUAUAUCUGAAAUCCAUGAAUAAUAUUUUAGGUUAAAUUUAAUUAUUUUUUCAAUGUACAUAAAGCUAACUUUGACGUGUUCGAUAUAUUUAAGUGUUCAAACCGAUAUGUUAUUAACACAAGCAGCUUCUUCUCUGUAAAAAAUCACUAUUCCAUUAAAAUUGUAAUUGCUACAUCA